GCGCGCGCACAGCACGUAUCACGGGCCACGGUCUGCGCGGCCCUGCAUUCGAACCUCGGGAAGCACCGAUGUGCGGCCUGGCUGCCCCGGGUACCGCGCGGCUGGACGAAGGAUCAGCGGCGCCAGAAGGCUGUCUCGUGAGCCGUUGCCACAGGGGAGCCCUGACUGGGAAGGAAAGACUGCAAGAUCGUCACCAUGGCCGACUCGCCAGCGACCGCGGCGGCCGUCGCACCGACGGUCACGUUGCCCACGUCGUCGCCUUCCCCCAACGAAACCGUCAGCCGCAGCGCAUACACGAGGAACCUCGCCGUCGUUUCGCAAGAGACCACCGAACUCGACCAGACCCGGGAGCGCUUCGUUCUGUUCGUGAUGAUCACCCUGCUCCUGCUCAUCAGUCUCACAAUGUUGGGCAUACUCUUCACGCUGCUCUCGAGUGACACCGCUUCUUUAACGUCGGCAAAAAGUAAGCGGCCGCAUGAUUUCUUGUUCUCGUUGAGUACUCUACCUUGUGUGUCGUAUAUUCCGUUUGUGCGUCAAUUGUGCUUUUUUUUCUCGCGCACCGAAUGCAACUGCGGAGCGCAUCGCUUAGUCGCAAGAACAGCCGCAGGGGUUCGGUACGAACGCUUGCCGUGUUCUUGCCGUGGUGCCUGCUGAAUACGUUUGGCAGAUGCCCAGGAAAUAUUCGACUAGGUAGAGCGUCUCUACGCAUUCCGCGUGUUUCGCCGCCCUUUCUUUCUUUGGCGAAAGCGUCUGGUUCUGUGACGUCGCACUUAACCUUGUACUAAUCAUUUUCUAGAAGCACGCGGCCCACCCAACGCCCUGCGUGAGUGGACUCCAGGACGUUUAGCGAGGUUUUACACGGCAUUACCCAGCGUCCCGAAGCUCUGGAGAAUGAUCGCAAAGCUUACAUUCCGUAGUUUCGGAACUGGGAGGACGCUUAUUUCACGCCCUGGAGCCACACUUGGCCGCACGCUGAGUGGGUCGCAUAUUUCUGACAAAAGGUUUGCUCGGCUCUCG